UCUGUCUCACGAUAUUUAUCUCUUCCCGAGAGAGUGAGAGAGAGAGAGAGCUAAUAAGUAACGGUACUUGGUAAACUGCUUGUCAAGUGCCUCUGAAGCUUGAGAGAGCCUCUCUGUUCUCUGUUCCUGAUCAGUUUUCUCUUGGCCAAACCAGAAUGCUGAAGCAGCAAGGCCCGUUAAGGCCUCAGACUUGUGCCCUGAGAGUGAACAUACACUGUGAUGGCUGUAGGAAGAAAGUGAGGAAGCUGGUGCAGAAAAUAAAUGGGGUGCAGAAUGUUUCCAUUGAUGCGGAGCUCGGGAAGGUGAUGGUGAUGGGUUAUAUCGACCCCAGGACAGUCAUCAAGAAGCUCGCAAAGUCAGGGAAGCAUGCAGAGGUAUGGAGAGCUCAAGAAAGGAGCUUCCAUAACCAGAACCACCUCAACAACCAGUUCAAGAACAUGCAGAUUGAGUUCUCCAGCGGUAAGGGUGGUGAGAGAGACAUGAAUUUCCAAAAGGGUGGUGGGACUGGAUAUGGAUAUGGGCAGUUCCAGGCAAAAGGGUCCAAUGAAAUGAUGCAGGUGGUUCCCAAAGCUAAGAAAUCGGUCACCUUCGAUCUCGACGAGGAUGACGAGGACUAUGUGAGCGAUGAUGGUAGUUUCUAUGAUUCCGAUGACGAUUUUGAGCUCGAUGUGGGUCCUCGCACACCGCGCAAGCCGUCCAUCAAUGGCAGCCGUGGCGCUCCUCAUGGGCAAACAGGUACUAAGGGAAUGAAGAAAACCAAGAAAGGCGGUAUCUUCAGCAUGUUGGGAAAAGGCCAUGGCAAGAAAAAUGAUGGCAAAUAUGGCAAAGGAGGGAAGAAUGACAAAUAUGGAGGCAAAAAUGGCAAAGACGGCUUCAACGGAGGAAUUUUAAAGCAAAGUGGGCCAAAGAAUGGAGCUAUCAACAGAAAUUAUGGCAAUGGUGGUGGUGGAGGCAAGAAUGAUUGGAUGAAUGGAACCAAGAAGAAGGAUUCUGGCUUUGACAUUGAUUUCACUAAUCAGGGCAGAGGCAAGGGUGGAUCUGGCCGUGGCGGCGGCAGCGGCGGUGGGGGGCGCACGGGGCGGGGCCGGGGGGUGGGGGCGGGGGUUCGGGGCUCCGGCACAGCAGAUGGGUAA